AUGGUUGGCCUAUUCAGCCCCUGGUGGGUAGGCCGGCCCGCUACACUCAGCAGCGAGAAACAAGCUCGGAGGUCGGGCGGCGGCGCCAGAGAAGCCAAUUAUCUCGCCACGCGUCCCAGGCGAACGGAACAUCAGGGCGAAAUCGACUCGGAACACCAGGGUGCAACCGACUUCUUCGUGUUCGUCUGUGGAUCAGAGCUGACUGACCUAAUUGAAAACGCAUGCCACUUCCGUAGACGUCGAGACGGGCGCGCCGUCGCUAGCACCAUACUCACGCGUUUGCGUCACGCUGGCGAGAGGAUAGUCGACGCCUGCUGCCGCAGAAGCUGCCGGCUUUCCGAGCUGCGGGCCUUCAUCACAUCGACCUGUGAAGUAUCUCUGGAUGACCUCCACCGACACGCAGCAAGGUUCAGGAUUUCGACUUCUAACCCUGAACAGCCAGAGGCGCCGGUCACAGAAAGGACGGUCGUAGUCACGGCUGGCACGCCCCCUGUACACCUGCCGGUAUUUGAGGACCCCGGUCCUCUCAUUGAUGGAUUCCAGAAGCGCGCCAGUUAUCCCGACGCCCUGGCCUGGGAAAAGGACCGUGAUAUGACCAGCUUCUUGGUGGGCUGACUGACACUACGGUGCCCAUAAGCCGUCGAACCUCAAGAAGGCCCUUCCUUUUGUGUUAUUAUGUCUUUCAUCGUGCAUUCCUUAGGCGCAUUAGUACGCUGAGCUGUGAUUGCGUAUUUCAUACAUACGCUGGUCUGUGAUUAUGCACGAUGGGGGCGUAGAUAUUUUUGCAGUACAGUAAAAACGAAUUCCGCCUUUUCCUGUUUGAAGAUGACAGCACUCAGAAGACGUGACGACAUGGGCAGACACGGAGCGUGCCAUUUCUGGAAACCGAAUAAUGCCAUGAUGCUGUUAACACCGCUAAAAGUGACCCAAUAUUCCCUAGCAGACUAAAAGAUAUACGAAGACGAAGUAAACGAAAGGACAAGAGGGUGACUGAACUCUGAAAAGAUAAAAAAGUUAGCCGAUGUUGAAGCCAGCAGAUGAUGACAGCUUAGACCGGCCCGUGUAGGCCUACAAAUGGGUAUAUUCAUACAGCGAAGCAAACUAGUAAUUUGCCUGGCUUAUAGCCGCUAAAUUCGUGUUUCUUUUUUGUUUUAUUUUUUUUGGCAGCGUAGUUAACCACAUUCUCCAAUGUGCCUUUUAUUGUCGACCUAUAAAAUGCUGUUGGCACUUGACUGAAUUGACAACCGUUCAUUGAAUGUGUUUUGUCCGUAUAUAAUCGGUACGUCUCU